AUGGCCGGAGCGGCGGCGGCGGUGGCCGCGGGAGCAGCAGCGGGAGCCGCCGCGGCAGCCGUGUCUGUGGCGGCUCCGGGCCGGGCCUCGGCGCCCCCGCCGCCCCCGCCGGUGUACUGUGUGUGCCGGCAGCCAUACGACGUGAACCGCUUCAUGAUCGAGUGCGAUAUCUGCAAGGACUGGUUCCACGGCAGCUGUGUGGGCGUGGAAGAGCAUCACGCUGUCGACAUUGACCUGUAUCACUGUCCCAACUGUGCACUUCUCCAUGGUUCCUCUUUGAUGAAAAAGAGGAGGAACUGGCACAGGCAUGACUACACAGAAAUUGAUGAUGGUUCCAAACCAGUACAAGCUGGAACUAGAACUUUUGUGAAGGAAUUACGUUCUCGAGUCUUCCCAAGUGCCGAUGAAAUCAUUAUAAAGAUGCAUGGCAGCCAGCUGACACAAAGAUAUCUGGAGAAACAUGGAUUUGAAGUCCCUAUUAUGGUCUCCAAAUUAGAUGAUCUAGGACUCAGGCUCCCUGCACCUAGUUUUUCUGUUGUGGAUGUGGAACGUUAUGUAGGUGGUGACAAAGUGAUAGAUGUCAUUGAUGUGGCAAGGCAGGCAGACAGCAAAAUGACACUUCACAAUUAUGUUAAAUACUUCAUGAAUCCUAACAGACCAAAAGUGUUAAAUGUGAUCAGCCUUGAAUUUUCAGAUACAAAGAUGUCUGAAUUGGUGGAGGUCCCUGACAUAGCCAGAAAACUUUCCUGGGUGGAAAAUUAUUGGCCAGAUGACUCAGUCUUUCCCAAGCCAUUUGUUCAGAAAUACUGCUUAAUGGGAGUUCAAGACAGCUACACAGAUUUCCACAUUGACUUUGGUGGAACUUCAGUUUGGUACCAUGUCCUCUGGGGUGAGAAGAUUUUUUAUUUGAUAAAGCCAACAGAUGAAAAUUUGGCACUCUAUGAAUCUUGGAGUUCAUCUGUGACCCAGAGUGAGGUGUUCUUUGGCGAUAAGGUGGAUAAAUGCUACAAGUGUGUGGUAAAGCAGGGACAUACCUUAUUUGUUCCUACAGGGUGGAUUCAUGCUGUGCUCACUUCUCAGGACUGUAUGGCUUUUGGGGGGAACUUUCUGCACAACCUGAACAUCGGCAUGCAGCUCAGGUGUUAUGAGAUGGAAAAAAGGCUGAAAACACCAGAUCUUUUCAAAUUCCCUUUCUUUGAAGCCAUAUGUUGGUUUGUAGCCAAAAACUUGCUGGAAACCCUGAAAGAACUGCGAGAAGAUGGUUUCCAGCCUCAAACUUACCUAGUACAGGGCGUGAAAGCACUGCAUACUGCUUUAAAAUUAUGGAUGAAAAAAGAACUUGUAUCCGAACAUGCCUUUGAAAUUCCAGACAAUGUUAGACCUGGACAUCUUAUUAAAGAACUUUCUAAAGUAAUUCGAGCAAUAGAGGAGGAAAACGGCAAACCCGUUAAAUCUCAGGGAAUUCCUACUGUGUGUCCAGUUUCAAGAUCCUCAAAUGAAGCAACUUCCCCAUACCAUUCCCGACGAAAGAUGAGGAAACUUCGAGAUCAUAAUGUUCGAACUCCUUCUAACCUAGACAUCCUGGAGCUCCACACAAGGGAGGUCCUCCGAAGAUUAGAGAUGAGUCCAUGGGAAGAGGACAUCUUGAGCUCUAAACUGAAUGGAAAAUUCAACAAACAUCUCCAGCCAUCUUCCACGGUACCUGAAUGGAGAGCGAAGGACAACGAUCUACGAUUACUGCUGACAAAUGGGAGAAUAAUUAAAGAUGAAAGACAACCCUUCGCAGAUCAGAGUCUUUAUACAGCAGAUAGUGAAAAUGAAGAGGAUAAGAGAAGGACAAAAAAGGCAAAAAUGAAGAUAGAAGAGAGUUCAGGAAUAGAGGGAGCGGAGAAUGAAGAAUCUCAAAAACCACUUAACAGGUUUUUUACAAGUGUGAAAUCAGAACUCAGGAAUCGAUCAUCAGAAUAUUCUGAUAUUUCUGAUUCAGAAGACUCUGGACCUGAUUGCACUGCACUGAAAAAUAAUUUUACCACUGAAGAGUCUGAAAGUUCAGGUGAUGAAAAGAAACAAGAAAUAACAUCAAACUUUAAGGAGGAGUCUAAGGUGAUGAGGAACUUCCUUCAAAAGAGCCAGAAGCCAUCUAGAAGUGAAAUUCCAAUUAAAAGGGAAUGUCCUACCUCGACGAGCACAGAGGAAGAAGCUAUUCAGGGCAUGCUGUCUAUGGCAGGGUUGCACUAUUCCACAUGUUUACAAAGGCAGGUACAAAGCACAGACUGCAGUGGUGAAAGAAACUCUCUCCAGGACCCCAGCAGCUGCCAGAGCAGUAAGCACGAGGUUAGGCAGCUGUAUCGCUAUGAUAAACCAGUGGAAUGUGGAUACCAUGUCAAGACUGAAGAUCAGGACUUGAGGAGUUCUUCCUGGAUUAAACAAUUCGAUACAACUUCCAGAUUUAAUCUUCAGGAUCUAAGUAGAGGCCAGAAAUGCAUCAAAAAGGAAGGUUCAUCAGAAAUGAGUCAGAAAAUACAAAGUAGGAAUUCUGUGGACAGCAGUGGUUCAAGCCCUCAAAAUGGGAAGUAUAUGCAGAACUCGAGCUCACUGUCGGGGCCGUGCCAGAUAAGUAAUGACAGUGGAAGCCCAGAAAGGCCGCUUGCUGAAACUUCCUUUUCAGUGCCCCUUCACCCCACCAAGAGACCUGCAUCAAAUCCCCCGCCUAUCAGCAACCAGGCAACAAAAGGUAAACGUCCAAAAAAGGGAAUGGCAACAGCCAAACAACGUCUUGGGAAGAUCCUUAAGUUGAACAGAAAUGGCCAUGCACGUUUUUUUGUGUGACGGAGCUGCUGUUGGAGCCACUCUUCCCUUUGGAGACCAGUCUCGGGGGUGCGGGAGCCUGGCGCUUCCGCUGUGCAUGUAGAGAACACUGCCUGAAGAACAAAAUGAACCUGAUGCUGCAUUUUCACUGUGCCACACCCACUCAGCAAUAACCAUUUGGACCUGGUGGGGGAGAGGAAGAAGGAGGGUAGAACCUUAAAAGGAGACCUUGAACUGGAAGGGGUCUCUUGUCAGGGCUUGAAUCUCAUUUUGUUGUUGGUAGUGUGUUGAUUUAUUUUCAGUGGUAGGGUAAAGAAUUAUCAAUAAUUUAUUUAACAGAUUUUUUUUUAAAGUUAACAGCUUUUAAAUUCUUUCUUUUUUAAAGCUAUUUAUUUGGAAGAUUUCUGGAGAAAUAUCUCACUAAUUUAGAUUUAAGAAUGUGAAGGUUUUUAAAUUAUUUUUGAUAGUGUGUGUGUUCCAUGUGGGAAGAGCCACGGUAACCGUAACUAGUCUGGACUCUUUAAAUUUGAUAUUCAGGUUAAAGUCUUAAACAGGGAUUUGAUGCAUUAAUUAUUUUAAAUUAAGAUGUAUAUGAAAAUCAUUUUAUUUUAUAUAUUUCAUGUUUUUUAUAAGCUAUUAGCUUCGCUUUUGCUAACAUCCAAGGUGCGUACUGUUAUCCAGGUUGACCUAAUAUCCCACUUCCCCUCUGCACUCCUGAUGGUUGUGACCACACAACAAGACUUCUCUUUGCAGGGAGACACUUCCAUAGCCAAUAUGUAAGAGCCACAUAAAAGACCCCACAUUGCUCAUUUCAGUUGACAUUGCAAGUUUCUUCUAAAUAGAAAAAAAGGCUUCUUGCAUUUUCAUUUUUGCCGAUGAUAUCUGGGUCCCAAAGAGAACAGCUUUAAUAUCUUUUUCCUACUCAUGGGAAAAGUAUUAUAAGGUUGGUUAAAUUGCCAUAUUUGUAGUUUUUCAAAUACAUUUGUAACUACAGAGGGCCUUCUUCAUACUGCUGGUGUUGGAGGGCAGGGCCAACACCUGCCAUGGAGGUUAUAUUUUAUGACAAUUUUACUCUAUGUACCUAAUUUGUUGGAAAAUAUGAUUUGACUUAGUUUAUUCAAAUCUACAUAAUAAGCCGUAAUAUAAUAGGACUAUACUAUAUUAAUUGUAUAGAAGCAAGCAUGUUGGAGUAGAUAUUUUGUGGUGUGUGUGUGUGUUUAGUUUUUUAUUUCUUAACCUUCUGAAGAAUUAUUUAAGACAUGAAUUUGGAGUAAAAUGGGUGCUUCUUGCAGUUUCUUCCAUCUGUCCUAACUUAGCUGGUGCAUUUGAGGAUGAGUAUCUGGUUGAGCUUUAAGGUAAUUAAUCAUUUAUCUCCUUAAUGCACAAUGUUUACUAAAUGCCAGUUGCUAAUAAUAGCUAAUAUUUUUCUUUGUUCCCCCUAUGGCAUAAAAAUAAAUGAUUUCUGGGAGUGGGGUGGAGAUACGUCCAAUUCUGACAAUAGAGCAUUUUACAAGUUCCUACAAAGAAAACAUAGACAAAUAAGAUCGAAUUUAUUUUUGUGGAGAAGAAAUAUGGCCAUAUUAUGGACGUGCUUUUUUUUACUCAGCAAGGACUUUCCCUUCUAUAUUAUUACAUGUAGCUUAAGAAAAAAAAAUACACCAUCAUCUUUCAUGGUUCCAUUCAAAUGUGUAUUUUCAAAGAGAUAUUUCUUACCCUGUCUUCAUCCAGUAUUUCAUGGAAUAAAUAUGAAACUGCUUAUGAAUUAGCCUUUUUGGUCCAAGUGUCUGGACCAAAGUCUGGAUCUUUCUGGGUGGCAGGAAAAAUUUUUAUGGAAAUACUAACUGUCUGUAAGUGGCCUACUUAAACUCUGUCUACAUUAUGCCAAAACUAGUUAAGAGAUGAGUACAGUCAGUCAUUUGAUUGGUUAUCGGAUCCCAAAUAUCAAAAAUUUGGGUCUCUUUCUCCCACCUUCCCCACAUGAUAUAUUACUGUGAUGUUUUGGUUUUCUGUAGACACCAUUUUAAUAUUGCAGUACAUAUGUUUUUGUCUUGGUUUAAGAAAUAAGAGUUGUAAUUUCUUUUUUUCAGUUACAUCAUGAUCUGGGUUCUUUUUUGUUUUCUUUACAUUUUUCACAGCUCUAAGUAUUUCUAAUUACCUGACUUUUUUCUUUAGCUAUAAAAAUUAAAAUAAAACAAUUUAUUUUUAUGAAUUAAAAUUGUGGCCAGUAUCCACCCUGUGUACUUAGGCUGGUAAAUAGUAAAUUUAAGUAGCUGGUAUGUGGAACUUCUAAGUGAAGGGACUGUGGAUUCAUUAUUGGCGGUUUUAGCCCACUAACUGGCUAACUUAAAAAAACUUUCAGUAAGGUAAUAAAUACAACCACUAACACAGGAUACAUGUAUCUUUUUCUGAAUUGAUAAAAAUUCAGCCACUGAUCCAGUGAUUUUCCUAGUCUUGUGAAGUUACUGGCUGUGAUGCAUCUUGUCUCAUGGAAAUAACUGAACUUGGAGGUGACUGCAGCCAGUAUCUGGACUCAAGUAUAACAACCUUUCAUCUUCCCUCAGUUUGAUUUAUAAACAAUACUACUGUACAGAUACUGCAACUUAGACAGCAGUGGUGGCAUUUAGCUAGUUAUAAGCAAAUACUAUUAUAUAAAACAGAGUUAUGAUUUAAUACAUGCAAUUUUAAUUGUAGUAGGUAAUUUUCCUCUAUUGAUUCAAAUAAGUGACUUCUGUUAACCUGGGAUCCACUGUGCUGUAAUUCAUACUGUCAUAUAAUAUAAUGCUCUCCAGUAUUGAUUAAUGCUGUAAACAGUACAGAGCUGGCAUUUAUAAUAGUUUAAUAUCCUAGAAAUGCAUUGAACUUCAUAAGCAUCAGUUAAUUUUUAAAAUAUACAAAAUUGAAAAUUCGGACUGAAAUUUUAUAAAUUCAGAGAAAACAAGCCCAUCUUUAUCAACACUUAAAUACUUAGCUUGAAUAGUGUUCUAUUUUUUAGUAAUCCUAAUUAUUCCCUUUUUAAUGAAUUCUACUGUAUUCAUAUGAGAUCAGCAGGUACUUGUCAAACACCUACUAUGUGCCCAGCACUACUUAGUACUGUGGGGAAAUACAAAGUUGAAGUGUGGUCUCUGCCCUUGAAGGUAUCUUCUCCAGGAAAUGAGCAGUAUCGUUUUCACUUCUAAGCAAACUUAAGCAAAAGAGGGCCCAUUCGUUUAAAAAAAGCAUAACUUAGUAGUUUCAACUGAGAUAGACUAUGCUACUGUAGAAGCGGAAGUAAAAAAUAUUUUAAUUUAAAAAAUUUUAAAAAGCAUUU